AUUGUAGUGAAUUAAUUUUCUACAGUUUAAUUAAUUUUUAUUCGCACUGCAAAACAUGCGAAACAUCCAUUUCAGAUUAUUGGAGUAUUUUUCGUCUUUUUGUAAUUUUGAGUGUUUCUAAAAAUGAAUUUAGAACUUCUGGAAUCUUUUGGACAGAAUUAUCCAGAAGAAUUUGACGGAACUUUAGAUUGUAUAUCGCUUGCUGUAACGUGUACAUUCAAUAAGAGAGGAACGCUACUUGCCGUUGGAUGUAAUGAUGGUCGUAUUGUUAUUUGGGAUUUUCUAACACGGGGGAUUGCGAAAAUAAUAAGUGCUCAUGUUCAUCCCGUCUGUUCACUUAGUUGGUCAAGAAAUGGGCAUAAAUUAUUGAGUGCUUCCACGGAUAAUAAUGUUUGCAUUUGGGACGUUUUAUCUGGCGAGUGUGAUCAAAAAUACAGGUUUCCUUCUCCUAUAUUGAAGGUACAAUUUCAUCCUAGGAAUUUGAAUAAAUUUUUAGUGUGUCCGAUGAGACAUGCAGCUGUCAUGGUAGACGUUGAAGGCUCCCACAGAGUUAUUCCUCUAGACGAAGAUAGUGAUUUGAAUAUUGUGGCGUCCUUCGAUAGACGUGGUGAUUAUGUUUACAGUGGAAAUGCCCGUGGACGUGUUUUGAUUCUUGACGCCGAGACUUUGGCUGUGAAAGCUUCUUACAAAAUAUCCCAGGGAACUGCCAGUAACACAGCUGUAAAGAGUAUCGAGUUUGCACGAAGGGGCUCGUGUUUUCUGAUAAAUACAUCCGAUCGUGUAAUUCGCGUCUACGACAGUACAGAAGUUUUGGCCUGCGGAAAAGAUGGCGAACCCGAACCCAUUCAAAAAUUACAGGAUCUCGUUAAUAAAACAAUGUGGAAGAAAUGUUGUUUCUCCGGCGAUGGCGAAUAUGUUUGCGCUGGCUCGGCCCGACAGCAUGCGCUCUAUGUUUGGGAGAAGAGUAUCGGAAAUUUGGUGAAAAUUUUACAUGGAACUAAAGGCGAACUCUUACUUGAUGUUGUGUGGCAUCCUGUGCGUCCAAUAAUUGCUUCAAUCUCAUCGGGCGUUGUUUCAAUUUGGGCCCAGAAUCAAGUUGAAAACUGGUCGGCUUUUGCACCAGAUUUUAAAGAAUUGGACGAAAAUGUUGAAUACGAGGAAAGAGAGAGUGAAUUUGAUUUGAGUGAUGAAGACAAAUCGGUAGUGCAAGGAGAAGAAGCUCAGGAUGAAGAAAUAGAAGUCGAUGUAGCGGCGAUUGACAGAGUGGCGGCUUUUUGCAGUUCCGACGAAGAAACUGAGGAUAUUGGUUCUUUGCAAUUUCUACCGAUUUCUCCAGAUGUCGAAGAAUCCGAGGAGACUCCAGUUCCAACUCAUGAACCUCCAAUGAAAAAGCAUCGCUCGCAUGACAUUCAAUUGCAAGGAGCACCAACUGAUGAAAUUCAUCCUCUGUUAAGUAAAGGAAAAGAUAAACCGGCAGCAAAAAAAGGAAGACCUAGGUUGGAACAUCGAAAAGGAAAAUAAAUUCAUUUCGAUUGAUAGGCUUUGUAUAUUUAUUGUGAAAAUGUAGUUUGUAAAAUCUAUUUUUUUCCUUUAUCAAUUGUAAGAAGUCAUUUCGUGAGUACCAUAUUUUUUUCUAAUGUAGUGAACUUUGUGACGAGAUAAUAAAAUUAAUAUACACCCAAUAAA